UUAGUCGACAUCUCCCCCAUCGAUCUCUUCGGCAUGCUCACGCCCGAGUACCUGACCGCGUGCGGCCUCCCCGCGCCCCUCCUCGCCCUCGGCAUCCCCAUCACUAUCACCUACAUCUCGCCCACCGGCGACUCGCCUGCCCCCUGCACCGCUAGCGCUGGUAUCCGCAUCGACGCCUCGAUCGCGUCCCCCGGAGUGCAGCCGGGGAAGCUGGAUAUUCUGUUCAUCCCCGGUCCAGACCCGAGCGCGGUGCCGCAGGAGCCGGAGCUGGAGUUUGUGAGAGGGCAUGUGGCGAAGGGCGUGGAUUUGCUGAUCGUAUGCACGGGGCAGUUUGUAGCGGGGUAUGCGGGGGUGCUGGAUGGGAGGGUAGCAACGGGGCCGAGGGGCUUAUUAGGGAGGUUGAAGGGGGAGUUUGAGGAAGUGAGGUGGGUGGAGAGGCGGUGGGUGAGGGAUAGGGGGGUUUGGACGAGUGGUGGGAUUACGAAUGGGCUGGAUAUGGUAGCGGCGUAUAUCCGGCAGCGGUGGCCGGGGCCGCUGGCGGAGGUUGUGUGUAAGAUGGCGGAUGUGGGGGAGAGAGGGGUGGAGUAUGAGAUCGGGACGGUGAGGGAGAAUGGGUUUUGGGUCUGGCAGAUUUUGAGGGCUUGGACGGCGGGGUUUUGGAAGGGGAAGCAGGCUUGA